CAUCGCCGGCCCGUGGAUGCAAACUAUGUGCCCAUCUUAUAUAAAUCGCACAGGAAACACAAACACAAGCGCAACACACUUUUCCACCGCUUUCUCAGAAUCCUUAACCCCAACAUUUUCGGGAAACAAACACCCCUCUGAAUCCUUGCAACCACCGCCACCCCAGUUCAUUCGAAUCCAUGCCCUCAUGGAAUCCAACAAGACCAGAUUAAAAAACAAGAACAAAAAGAAGAACGAGUACAAGAAUCGCAAUAUGGACAACAAGAACAGGUUCUUUCAGUGCUUUAGACCGGUCACCGUUGACGGUCGGGGUCCGGUUAAAAGGUUGCGGCGUCCGGACGGACCGGGCGAACCAGCUUUCAAGUACAUCGCUAUGGGAGAGAUGGAGGGGGUGGUGUUCAAGAAGAUAUUGCCGCCGGAUUUGGCAGCGGAUAUAGAUAAAGAAGAAGGCGACGGUGGCCGGAGAGAGAAAAGCUCGAACGGCAGGCUAUCGAGGAUUUUGAAAUCGGUUUUGUCCGGGACGUCCUCGUGGGCGAAGAGGAGUAGCAAAAGAAAUCUUGGACAAAGAUCUUUCCGGUUAGAGACAUCGAACUCGACGGAGGAAUCUCCGACGAAUAAACAAAGUUUGUCCGACGAUGAAAAAAAGCUCACAGUUAAUUCAAACGAUUCUGAUACGAGGCCUUUGCUCGAAACAUGCAACUCGUUUAGAUCAAACUUACCAGGGCCUAAACAGAGGCGGGAUGAUGCCCAAAAGCCCGGAAAUGAAGAUGGAGGUUGUGGUUUUAAUGCAGGGUUGUGUUUGCUUGUUAUUUGUCUUUUGGUUUUGACUUUUUGGGGCAAGAUUUUCGCUAUCUUUUGUACUUCGACGUGGUUUUACUUGAUUCCUCGAAGCACUAGAUACGCAUCUCCAGGAGAUGGGAAGGUGUUUUCAGGGUUUGACUUUGAGAAGAAUAAUAAGAAGGUCAUCAUGGAAGGACUGUUAGAAACUUAGAAAGGAACCAAUAACCAUGCUUGCCGAGUCAAACCCUGUAAAAAAUAAUAAUAAUAAUUUUUUUUUUCUUUUU